GCAUACCAAAGGUAAUGAAAAAGCUAGUUCCACAUUUAUAGACACAAUUACUGUAUGUAAGGUACAGUACUUUGUGACCAACAUCUCAACAUUUUUCUGGAUAAAAACAGCCUUGUGGCAUUCAUAGUACUGUGCAGUAAUGGCCAUUCUAAUAAUGGUACCACCACAAUGAUCAGAUGUCACUGAUGACCAGACCAUAAUUUGGAAUUUUGUAUGCACAAGUGCUCCGCCUCUUUUGGUUUGCGAGCAUACGACAUCGAUCCCUAUUAUGGUACAAUUUUCAGGUCCCUGGAAUGUCAUCUUGGUUGCAUUCACGUGAAAUUGGAUUAACAUCGGUGACAAUCCGUCAGUCGCGGACAGCCGGUUGUAAAUUGGUGGCGAACCCACCAGCGUGACGUAACGGCGUGUGAGCAUCAUUAAUUCAUCUGUGUGAUUUGUGACGAUGUCGGACGGUCUUCUUAUUAUGGAAGACACGCUUGCCGUGGAUUUAAAUGAUCUGAUAUUAGGUGAUAGUUUCGAGGAACGAGUAGCUUCGUCUUCGAGCAUCCUCUCAGCGUCGGAAAAUUCUUCGCUAAGUUCUCCUGACGAAGUCCUGAAUGACCUUCCGAAUCUUAUCGCUAAUUUCUUGGACGAGUGCUCAUUCGUCCUGCCUCACCUCGAACCGACAGUGAUUCAAUCCUUCGUUCUUUCCAAAUGGGAUCACAUCUUGGGACCACGAGCAGUUCACGUCUGGAUGUUGGAUAGCACAGAAGAACCAGUGAUGGUAGGCGACGUGCCAUUGCCCAGUCGGUCAUCAGUGAUUGAUGCCGUCCAUUACGUUGUUGAUCAUUCUCUGAAUGCAUCUGAUGCCGGGGAAACAGUUCAUGGAAAUAAAAGUGCCCUUUACGUCGUCCCUCGUGAUAACCUUGUUAGCUUCGCCGUCUGUUUCCGAGUUGGGGAUAGACGCGGAGCAAAUCAUGUGGCGUAUUCUUUAUCCGUCAUCGUCGAGUCGAAGUGGCUACAAUUUGUGUGCGAUAUUCAACCCAUUCUGCAAACCGCCCUGCAAAUUCAAGCAGCGAAACUCCGCGUGUACUUCACGAGAGAUGUCCCUUCGGAUUCGACGAGCCAAGACUGGAUAUCUGCGACGUCAGUAUGUCUCGUUGACAUGUGUGUGAUGCUUUCUGCCUUACAAUCAAAUCCUCUGGAUAAAUUUAUUCCCAUCACUUCGAGUUUGGGAGAAGACAAUGAAUCUGGAAGCGGAAACGUCAUGAACCUCAUGGCGGACAAGCGAUUCUUCGAACGAGCUCUGACUGGUCAUUUGCAAACCGGAGGAAGAAGCUUGGUGUUAGGAUCUAACGAGAAGGUAGUUGCUUCUAUGCUGGGAAUUUUAUCCCUGUUUUUGACGAGAGAAGAAAGAGUUGCGUCAUCGGGACCCACUGGGUCCAGAAAGUAUUUUCCGCUGUUGCACAUGCAAGGAUAUUUGGUGGACUUAGUCGGUAUAAAUUACAUAACCGCCGCGUCAUUGAUGGAAUCUCCAUCUCCCAUCACAAUCAUUGACAUGAACAAGUCGCAGGUGCGCCAAACUGCGCUGAAGCAUCAUCAUGCCAAGCUGCACCAUCUAUCAGUGAAGAAUACACUGAUGUCGUUGAGAGAUCCGCAAUUGAGGAUGCCGCAAUUUUCUGAGACAAUUUUGCAUCAAGUUCGCGAGGAAAGCCCGUUAGUGAUCGGCCUUGUGAAGGAGAUCCUGAAAGUUCCUCCUGCAUUAUGGGAAUACGUUAUUGGCCUUUUCAUGCGAGAACUGAAUUGGAGAGCGUAUGCUUUGAUUCAAAUUGUGGAGGAUGAAACCAAUUGGAUUGCGCAAGAUAUUGACGUGGGUUCAGCCAAACAACCGAUGCAUAAAUACCUCCAAUCUCUCGUCACUGGCGUUUCCCCUUCGACUCCCCAAGAAGCAGAUUUCCUCAUCAUUCUUGCCAUGGCCGAUAAACUUUCACCAGGCAUCUUCAACUACGUAAUGAACAAGAAAAUUCCGCUGUAA